CUUAAAGCAACCCGACUAGCUCGAGCCAAGUCUUUAUCUCGUUUGAUAGUCGAGCACAAAAUUCGACCACGAACUACUCGGCUCUGUUUGAAUAAACACCGUUAAUGGCCUUGGCUAAGAUCAUCCUCGAGCUUGAAGUUGAAGGUCCACAAACAGGAAAAUACUAUUGGCGAAAACAUCGCCCUCACCCUAAAGCCUCCAGAAAAAAGGUUCUUGCUUCUUUCUCCUCCCGGAGAACAUAUCGUCUCAGAGCUGCGAAAAUCACAUAUGAGUCUCACUGUUGUAGCAUGUGGCAAACAUCAGCUUCCCUUACGCGUCCUUCCACAACCCCACAAUUUUUAUCCUCACGACCCAAAUUCACAGCUUUUGCUGCACUUCAACUCUGCCUUAAAAUGGGACCCAUCUCAAUUUUCUUCUUUUUCCUCGCAUAAGCGUAUUAGGCAACCUAAGUUUCUUGUCGGAGCUUCUUCGCCUUCUUUUCCACUGGGUGGCUCUGGUGCAGAUUAUGCUGACCAGCUGCAGGGAUCAAGACCAGAUAAAAAAAGGGAACAAGUAGUUGGUGUAGAUGAAGAAGUAGAGGAUCCGUCACUGUUAGCUGAUCCGGGUAGUUGUUUCUGUGAAUUCAAUGGGGUCCACCUACACCACAAGAUAUGUGAAGCAGAUUCAUCAGCUCCAGAUACUCUAAUCGAGGCCUCAACCCCACAAUCUCCCGAUUCUGCCAAAAGGAUUGGUUUUCGUUUUCCUAUGAUUUUGCUGCACGGCUUUGGAGCCUCAACCUUUUCAUGGAACCGAGCCAUGAAGCCUUUGGCCCGAGUAACUGGUUCCAAAGUUCUUGCAUUUGAUAGACCGGCAUUUGGCUUAACGUCGAGGGUAGUAAAUCAAAUUAAGUGUUCGUCUUUGGGUAAUCGAGAUUCACGACCUUUGAAUCCGUAUUCGAUGAUGUUCUCCGUUUUGGCUACAUUGCACUUCAUCGACUUUAUGGCUGCUCAAAAAGCGAUUCUUGUGGGGCACUCUGCAGGGGCUCUUGUAGCUUUAGAUGCAUAUUUUGAGGCACCCGAGCGUGUGGCUGCAUUGAUUUUUGUUGCCCCUGCAAUUUUUGCACCACGAGCCAUGCAAAACACUGUCAAAGAUGAAAAAUCAGAUAUUGAAAAUCAAACCCAAGGAAACAGCUCAGAUUUGAAUUCCCGAGGGAACCUAUUUUUUCGAAUUUUCCACAUUUUGUCAAAGUCUUCGAAAAUUAUUGCAGAGGUAAUAGCGAAUGUGGCAAAAGGGAUGGCUGCCAUGAUAAACACUCUUUACAAGAAGGCUUUAUCCGCAAUCCUGCUAUCUGCAUUUGGCGUGAUGUUGAUAAGAUUGAUAAUCGGUAAAUUCGGUAUACCAGCCGUUCGCAGCGCAUGGUAUGACUCGAAAAAAGUUUCUGAUCACAUUAUACAAGGCUAUACAAAGCCAUUGAAGAUCAAGGGCUGGGACAAGGCACUAGCUGAAUACACGGUGGCCAUGCUUACAGCUUCAACAUCCAACAACACAACAAGGCUUAGUGAAAUCUCGUGUCCAGUUUUGAUUGUUACGGGUGAUACUGAUCGUCUCGUCCCUGCUUGGAAUUCCGAAAGGCUUUCUCGAGCCAUCCCAAAAUCGAGCUUUGAAGUGAUCACGAAUUGUGGCCACUUGCCUCAAGAAGAAAAGCCUGAUGAAUUUGUCUCCAUUGUCGAUAAAUUCUUGCAGAAAGUGUUUGGUGGUGCGGAGGAACCGUGCAUGGAAGCUGUGACCACUUGAGGUUGUGAUGAAAGAGGAAAAAAUGCAGUUUUAGUCCACUAGCUUAGAGUGUUUCUCAUUUUUGCCCGGUAACUUAUUUGAGAUCUGAAAUUGGUCCUAACUCUUCAAUUUUAGCCGAUUUGGUCCACAUUUGUCUAAUUACUCUAAAAUUUAAGAAUUACUGGACUAAUUUCGGACCAAGUAACUGCCGAAUUUCGGGGUUCGAGAUUGAAAUUUGACCAAAUUGGCUGAAAUUGAAGAGUUAUUUGACCAAUUCCGGACCUCUGGGCAAAAAUUGGAAAUACACUAUAUUAGUGGAUCAAAACUGUAAUUUCCUCUGAUCAAAACUGUAAUACACUAUGUUAGUGGCUAAAAGGAUUUUAUGUUUUGUUGUAUGUCAAUUUAGCUCUACCAAACACUCGUGUAAGUAUGCGAGGUGAUAUUGGUUGUAUGUUUUCGGAUAAUCCGCUUGACAAAAUUAUGUUGUUAGCACUUGUAAGUUAUAACAAUGAUGUAAUUUAAUGUAAAUUUCACAACAAAAUCAUUGCAUACCACUCAAAUAAGC